AGUAACUAACUAUACUAUAACUAUACUACUUUUUAUUUACUUACUUAGUUAAUCAAAGAACAAAAAUAUCUGUACAAGGUACAAAAAACGGAGCAAGACUAGAAAGGGGACGAUGUGACACACUUGAAUUUUCUAGUUAGAAUUAUACUUUAUACUUUAGAGUGUCUUUAUUUUGUGUGUUCUGAAGCAUAUUGCAUCUUUGAAAACAACACCACGAAUACAGGAACUCAGAAGGGUGGGGGUGGAGGGGAAGACUUAUCUCAGCACUUUAAUUACGACAUUCCUCAUUGUCAAGUCAACAGCGAAUGUAAAUGCAGACAGACUCAACUAGUAGCACCGUCACAGGCGCAUGUGAGAACACACCUCAAACCUGCUGGAAACAUGGCUGUGGGUAACCUGGUGCUGAGGCGUGUCUGGCCUCCUUUAAUCCUAUUCUGGAUCUGCCUGUGGGAAGUCGGCUGUGAUGAUCAACACCAAGCAGAGGAGGUAGAGAUUUUCCAAUCUGAUAAACAGACCAGGCUGGAAUGGAAUUCUGACCCAACCAAUGAAUGGAAUGAAAUCCAGCUCACAGUUGGCACACCGAGUCCAGUACCCGUGCUUCAAGCUUGUGGAAGAAUCGUAACGAGAACGAUUUUAAGCAGAUGGAUGGAGCGGAAAGGUGCCCGCCAUCUACUGAUGGAUGUUUCAUUUGCCCAAGAAGAGGAGCCGUCUCAUCAGCUCACCCCGCUAAAAGUUUACCUGUUUGAUUCAAACACACCUAUUGCAAGAUUUCAAAACACUCAGGCUGUUUUGGACCUUCAGACCUCCAAGGCAUUCCCUGUAACAGUCCCUCCAAACCAGGUAUCCAGGUAUCUGAACCGCAGCCGGGCUCUGAGCCUGGGCUCCGUGAGCAGCAGGGGCUUCCAUCUGGCCCUCUCCUAUUCAGGAAGGUGUGUGCUAAUAGCUUCCAUCAGACUGUACUACAGGAGGUGCCCUUACACCGUGGCAAACCUUGCCUCGUUUGAGGCAACCGGGGCCGCGUCUGGUCCAUUAAAGGGUUCCUGCGUGAAGGGCGCCGUGGAGCUUUUCCCACCUGUUAGAGAGUGUGAUGUGGAUGGAGUUUGGAGUCCAGUGCAGGGUGGGUGUAACUGUAAGGCUGGCCAUCAAGUCAUGGAGGACACCUGUCAAGUGUGUAGAAUGGGCUUCUACAAACCAAUCAAUGGGAGUGGAGAAUGCCGGCCAUGCCCGCAGAAUAGCAGGACGCAUGGGGAGGGAACAGAGAAGUGCGACUGUCUGCAAGAUUUCAACAGACUGCCAACUGACCCCUAUGAGCUCGGCUGCACCAAGCCGCCCUCUGCCCCCGUGAAUCUAACGGUCUAUUAUCCCAAUGUCUCUGUGCUGAUGGUGACGUGGGAUCCUCCGCAGGACUGGGGCGGCAGACAUGAAAUUAAGUAUUCCAUCAAGUGUGAGUGGGAAGCGGAUUCUGGCCAUCGGUGGAAGGCAUGUGGGGACGAUGUGAUUUUCCUUCCAUACUCGGCAGGCCUGACCAACACGUCAGUCAGCAUCACAGAAGUGAAUCCGCAGCUCAACUACAGACUUACAGUGCAAGCCCAGAAUGACCUAUCCGAUCUGCGGGGAACGCUGGCUUCAUCCACCGCCACCAUCACCAUCCAUAGAUGGAAAGUUCCACCUGUGGAGAUCACUGUGACAUCGGACUUAAACGUCUCAAAGCACCACAUAGUGCCGGCUGCUGAGCCGAGUCGCCUCUACAUGUGGCUAACAGUCGGAGUCUUGUUUGGCCUCCUGCUGCUCGGGGCUGUUUUCCCCUUUGCUGUGUGUGUCCUGCGCAGCCACUACACCAAACUCAGGCCUCAACAGGAAUUAGAGCUUUUGCCCAUGAAUGCACCUUCCAGCCCACCUCCACAGCAGCUGGAGGCUGCACCUCAGACGUCCAACAUGAUAGAGGGUGUGGUCCAGCUUUUUGAGGGGCUCAGUGACCGGCUGCUGUCCAGUCUUAAGGAGGUCCUUGUGGAAAGAAACAAGCUCACCCUGGGCAAGGAGCUCGGCAAAGGAGAAUUUGGCUCAGUCUACGAAGGUGUUUUUACACUAGAUGAAGGCGGGGACAUCAAGGUGGCCGUGAAGACCAUGAGAGUUGGAAUCCACAGUCAAGAAGACUUACAUGAGUUUUUGAGAGAGGCAGAUAUCAUGAAGAACUUUGAUCAUGAAAAUGUGGUUGGACUACUUGGGGUUACUUUACAGAGAGAGCAGGACUUUCCUCUGCCUGUCCCUCUGGUCAUCCUGCCUUACAUGAAACAUAGAGACCUGCGCCGCUUCCUCAUUGCUACCCGAUAUGGCGAUAUUCCUAUGUUUGUGCCCCAUCAGAGUCUCCUGCGCUUUGGGAUCGACAUUGCAGCAGGGAUGGCCUAUCUGAGCGCGAAGGGGUUCCUGCACAGAGAUCUAGCUGCACGCAACUGCAUGCUGGGCGAUGACCUCAGGGUGUGUGUGGCUGACUUCGGCCUGUCAAAGAAAAUCUACAGCAGCAAUUAUUAUCGUCAAAAGGCAACUAUCCGUGUGCCAAUUAAGUGGAUGGCCAUCGAGAGCCUGUCUGAGUCCAUCUACUCUUCCAAAAGUGACGUGUGGUCAUUUGGGGUGACCAUGUGGGAGAUUGUGUCCCGAGGUCGGACCCCCUAUCCAGGAGUUCACAACCACGAGCUGCUAGAGCUGCUGCUGUCUGGACACAGGCUCAAACCCCCGGAGGACUGUGACCACAAUCUUUAUGAAGUGAUGCAGAGCUGCUGGGACAAGGAGCCGAGCCGUAGGCCUGACUUCAAGGAACUGGGCGAGAUACUUAAAGGUCUUCUCUCUGAGCUGCCAGCGCUGAAGGCCAGCCAGGAGGCCGGCUACAUCAACCACGGCCUGGAGGUUGCCGCUGCCGUUUCCGCCUCUCAGGAUCCACGGACGGAUUCUGGAGGAAGAUUGGAAAAUUUGUACCGGCCUAGUCCUGGUGGUGCUGCAGCCAGUGAUGAAAAUGUGGAAGCUGAUAGACUGUAACUUAGUUUUUAAAAAGUUUUUGUAUAUCUGCUUUGCAAAUCCAUUACGAGAAUUAUCUGUCAUUAGAAAAGAUAAAUGUAUUUGGAAUUGUAGAAUAUUAUAAACAAACUGACAACCCAGGUUAUAAAUUAGACCAAUUAAUAAAAUGCAUUUAGUGUACACCAGUGCUGUACCAAUGCACAGCUAUGAUUGUGCUCAAUGUAAUGUAAUGAACCGAAAUGCAUGUAAUCUUGAUGGCUCAACUGAUAUUGACCAAGAGACAUUCGAAAUUACAUUGAACGAACGCCCCAGGAGAAGUCACAUGCCUAGGGCCGUGGACAAUGCCUUUCACACCUUUACUGAUCUGUAUAAAUACCUGUAGGCAUAUGCUUUUUUUAGCACAGCACCUUUUCUUUUAUUGAAUACUUUUGAUUUGAACUUUUCAAUCCUGUCUUAUGUCCGUCUGGAGUUUCUUCAUUAAAAUAACACAGAUUCAACAGAU